AUGUGCGAUGCGCACGCACCCGCGGCCCCAGCCGAUACCUUGGAAGCGGAGAAGAAUGUUGAGUUGGCUUCAAAGGCACCUUCAGAGGCGGAGUCCACCUCCGCGAUCUGCCGAAUCUGCUGGGAGGACCUGGUGGAGGGCGCGGACUACUUUCAGCCCUGCAGGUGCCGGGGAACGCAGCGUUGGGUUCACCGUUCCUGCUUCCAAACCUGGACCAAGCUGUCGGCCGUCAACACGCUGAAAUGUCCGACCUGCGGCUACCAGUACCGCCGAGUGGUUCGGGGUUCCUGGGCGAUGGUGAAAGCCAUGCUGAAGGAAGCGGGCCGCUGGAUAGUGAUGGCGUCGUACUUCAUUGCCACGCGGGGCCUUGCCAGGCAAAUCUACAAGGGGCUGCUGACCGACGCGAGGGAUGGCCGGCCUUUCUCCAUGAACAUCUUCUGGCCGACAGUAUACCUCAUGGAUAUCCGUGGCGACCCUCAUGCUGGGCGACUCCUUUUCGCGGACAGCUGCGUGGCAGCCUGCACCUUGACGUUCAAGCGGGGACUCUGGUGCCUUCGCACGCGUGUCCCCCUGGUCUGGCCGCCUCCGGUGCUCUUCCCCUCCAUCUACCAGGAGUUUGGGUGUCAGAUCUUCAAAGCCUGGUCCUUGCGACUCAUGGAGCUGGUGCUGAUCCUGCACAACUACGCGGGCUCUGCCAGCCUUCUCCGAUGUGCCUUUGAUGCGUCCGUCAACCUCUACGCCUUCGUCAUCGCCAAGCACGAGGCUCAUCGCAGCCUCGCCUGCUGCCUUCGGGACAGCACGCACGUGGUCUCCUACAAAUCCGGCUGA